GGUGCUCGGGGUGACCCGCGUUUGCCUGCGUUUUGCUGCUGGGUCUCUACCGGAGCUGCAGGUGUCUCGCCCGGGCCGGGGUGUUAGAGCACCUCCGGCGUCUUUUCCUUCGAGGCCCGUCCAGCCUCUAAAAUGCUAGAGCGUUGGGGUUUUUUCCCCACUUCUUUUGGAUUUUAUUUGUUUUUAAUGACGACAAGUUCCUGUGCGUACCUCCACAAAAUCUCAGGUGGUUUGUGUUUCGUUUGGUGUAGCAAGAGGUUUGUUCAGCGCUCUUUGCAGCUUCUGAAGCAAGAGCCCUGUGAGCAAAAGUUUCAGGUUUUACACUGAAGUGUUGCACAGACCUCCAGCCCGGUGCUGCUGGGGUCUGCUGGCAGUGGCGUGCCUCUCCCCACUUUGCCGCUGCUGGGCCCUGUGCUUGCAUCAAAAUAUAGAUGUUCUCUGUUAGUCCCUAAGCGUGCAAGUAAGACUAUCUGCAGUGUUCAUUUGUCUGUCAAUAAACAAUGUCUAAUAGACUGCAGAAACCACAUAGGAAGCGCCCAGCCAAACUUUUCUUGCUUUCUCAGAACUAGAGACACUAGUGAAAUCAGCCAGGGGUUUUGCUGAAAAAAUUCUUGCAGUUUAAGAUUUUAAAAGUCUCAAGAAUAAGAGGACUGAACCCUCUGAAGUUAGGUUUCUGCAUGCAGGGAAGGAACGCCAAUCACAGUCCAAUGACUUGCUGUCCAGUAUCACAUCUGAGAGGAGCUGUGGAAGUGUCACUCCGAAGUCCAGUUGCCUGCUGGUUUAGUGCUAUGCUUUAUUGCUUUGGUGGUUCAGUUUUGUCUUCGUUGAUGCUUGCAGAACCUCCAGUAGCAUUUCUUGCAAAGGGCACAAAUAUUCUCCUGGCAUCUACAGUCUGGUAUCUUGUGUUUUACUGCCCGCAAGACAUAUUCUACCAGUGCUUUGCCUUUCUGCCGCUUCGGCUGCUGGUUGCAGGAAUGAAAGAAGUAACUAGGACUUGGAAGAUAACAGCUGGGGUUGCACAUGCAGACAGUCACUUCAAAGAUGCCUGGCUUGUCAUGGUAGCUGUGGGCUGGGCCAGAGGAGCUGGUGGUGGCCUAAUUUCCAACUUUGAGCAGCUGGUGAGAGGAGUGUGGAAACCUGAAACCAAUGAACUGCUGAAGAUGUCCUACCCUGUGAAGGUAACUUUGAUAGGAGCAGUUCUUUUCACUCUGCAACACAGCCAGUACUUGCCAAUAGCAAGACACAACCUCAUGUUUUUAUACACCGUCUUUCUUGUUGUCUCCAAGGUAACGAUGAUGUUGACAAGAUCUUCAGCUUCUCCAUUUGCUCCCUUUGAGGCUGCAUUAGGCCAUAUGUUCUUUGGCUUGCAAAAGACACCAUCCAAAGUGAAGGGUGAAGGUGCUGCCGCUUCGAAUGGCUCUUCAGUCUGUGACCAGUCUUCUUCUGAACAACACUGUGAUGUUAAGAAAAGACAGGCAAAGAAAACAGAAUAAGUGGCUUAAAGUCUUUGAUGGUCAUAACCUUUGAAGAUGUUUGUAUUUCAGAUUAGGCUGACAGAGAAGUUUCUUUAAAGAGAAAUGCGUGUGAGAACAGGCCUGUAUACUACCGUGGUGGUGUUUGCCUUCAGAAUGUGUUUUGUAAGCUACUGUUCAGAUGUCUAAAUGCACAUGUUGGAUUUGUAAGUUAAAAUCUACAAAUUUUUAUAGUGUUUAUAAGUUUACUAAAUUUUGUAUUUAUCAUAAUUUUAAAUGCAUACAUGCUAAAAUAAUAGUUUCAAAAUGUGCCAAUCAGCUUUGUUGUUUUUUCUGAUAUAUUACUUGUUUCACCUCUUCCCACCCUCCCAAUUCUUAUAUUUCGUUUGGAUAGCAUGGAUUUGCACUUCUAAAUGUUCACAUUAGCAUGUCCCAAAUAAGAAAGUCAUCAUGUGAGUAAGGCUUAAUCACAUUACACUGCAAUACCAUGAAAAUCUACCAAACUAAUGCCUUUAACUAGAAAAAUAACUGAAUUACUGUUGUAAUUCACAUUGCACUGAUCUAGAUUUUCAUCAUUUACUUAAGUAAAUAUUUUCCAUAUUUUUCUGUUUUUUAAAAUAAGAGUGAGUAAUCUGGCACUUUAAAAAAUCUUUACAGUUAGCAAGUAGAAGUGUUUCAAUAUUUUUGUUGUUGGCUUACUUUGAAACUUUAUUUGCAAGCAUUUGAUAUAUAGCUGUUUUUCAUGUUACAUAGGUGAUUUACAUGUGGUUUGUAGUUAUUUUUCAGUUUGACUGGGACUAGACAUCUCUGCCUGCACUUUUAUGCAAGCAUACACAUUUUUUUCUUUUCAAAGUCAAACAUACUUUUAAAAAAUAAUACUGGACAGUACAUUUAGCUUGUUUCUCAUGAGUUCAGCCCUAUUAUGCCUGCUGUUAACAAAUACCAGCAUUAGUUUGUAGCAAUUACCUCUGGUACUACUGGAGAAGAAGCCUGGUGUCACCAGCAGAAUUUUGGGGUUUUUGGUCAUGGGUCGGUUUACACGAUGCCAGGCCUGCUGGCAACAGAUGGGGUACACCUGUCUCGAAGAACGGAAGGAUCUUUGCACAGGAGUUAGCAGGGCUCAUCGAAAGAGCCUUAAACUAGAUUUGAAGGGGGAAAGAAAUAAACCCAGGCUUUCUAGAGAUAAGCUUGGGGGCAGCAUGCCAGUGCUUGAAGGAUGGUGUGCUACUGAGGUCCUUUGGUCUGCCGUCUCAGUGGAGGUAGGGGAUGGAGACUCGCUCAACUGGAGUGCUGCAAUGGAUGGCUAUAAACUCUUCAGAAGGGAUAGGUAAGGAAGGUGGUGGGGUAGCCCUGUAUCUUAGGGAGUGUUUUGACUGUCUAGACCUUGAUGAUGAUGAUGAUGAUGAUAGAGUUGAGUGUUUAUGGGUUGGAAUCAGAGGGAAGGCCAAUAAGGCAUAUAUGAUGGUGGAAGUCUUAUAGAUCGCCCAACCAGGAUGGGAGGCAGAUGAAAUAUUCUAUAAGCAGUUGGGAGAAGUCUUACAAUUGCUAGCCCUUGUUCUCAUGGGGGACUUCAACUUACCAGAUGUCUGCUGGAAAUACAAUACAGUGGAGAGGAAAGAGUCCAGGAGGUUCCUGGAGUGUGUGGAAGAUAACUUCCUGACACAACUGGUGAGUGAGCCAACUAGGGAACGUGCCCCACUGGACCUGUUGUUUCUGAACAGAGAAAGACUUGUGGGUGAUGUGACAGCCGGAGGCUGUCUUGGGCAUAGCAAUCACAAUAUGACAGAGUUUUUGAUUCUUGGAGAAGUAAGGAGGAGGGUCAGCAGAACUGCCACCUUGGACUUCCAGAGGACAGACUUUGGCCUGUUUAGGAGACUGGUUGGCAGAGUCCUUUGUGAGGCAGUCCUGAAGGGCAAAAGAGUUCAGGAAGGCUGGACAUUCUUCAAGAAGGAACUCUUAAAGGCACAGGAGCGAGCUAUCCUCAUGUGCUGAAACAUGAGCUGGUGGGGAGGACAACUGGCCUGGCUGAACAGAGAGCUUUGGCUGGAACUCAGGAAGAAAAGGAGAGUUUCUGACCUUUGGAAGAAGGGGCAAGCAACUCAGAGGGACUACAAGGAUGUUGUGAAGUUAUGCAGGGAGAAAAUUAGAAGGGCCAAAGCCCAGCUAGAACUUAAUCUGGCUACUGCCAUAAAAGACAAUUAAAAAUGUUUUUAUAAAGACAUUCACAACAAAACGAGAGCUAAGGAGAAUCUCCAUCCUUUAUUGAAUGCAGGGGGAAACAUAGUGACAAAGGAUGAGGAAAAGGCUGAGGUACUUAAGGCCUUCUUUGCCUUAGUCUUUAAUAGUAACACCAGUUGUUCUUUGGGUACCCAGCCCCCUGAGCUGGAAGACAGGGAAGGGGAGCAGAAUGAAGCCCCCAUAAUCCAAGGGGAAACAGUGACCUGCUACAGUAUUUAGACACACACAAGUCUAUGGGGCUGGAUGAAAUCCACCCAAGGGUACUGAGGCAGCUGGUGGAGGUGCUCACCAAGCCACUUUCCAUCAUUUAUCAGCAGUCCUGGCUAAGCGGGGAGAUCCCAGUUGACUGGAGGGUAGCCGAUGUGAUGCCCAUCUACAAGAAUGGCCAGAAGGAGAAUCUGGGGAACUACAGCCCUGUCAGCCUGACCUUGGUGCCAGGGAAGGUUAUGGAGUGGUUCAUCUUGAGUGCCAUCAUGUGGCGUGUACAGGACAACCGGGUGAUCAGGCCCAGUCAGCAUGGGUUCAUGAAAGGCAGGUCCUGCUUGACUAACCUGAUCUCCUUCUAUGAUGGUGACCCGCUUAGUGGAUGAGGGAAAGGGUGUGGAUGUUGUCUACCUAGACUUUAGUAAAGUCUUUGCCACCAUUUCCCACAGCAUUCUCCUAGAGAAACUAGCUGCUCAUGGCUUGGAUGGGCAUGCGCUUUACUGGGUAAAAAACUGUCUGGAUGGCUGGGCCCAAAGAGCUGUGGUGAAUGGAGUUAAAACCAGUUGGCAGCCCGUCACGAGUGGCGUUCCCCAAGGCUCAGUACUGGGGCCAGUUCUGUUUAAUACCUUUAUCAAUGAUGGGGAUCGAGUGCACCCUCAGCCAGUUUGCAGAUGACACCAAGUUGUGCAGGAGUGUUGAUCUGCCUGAGGGUAGGAAGACUCUUUAGAGGGAUCUGGACAGGCUGGAUUGAUGGGCUGAGGCCAAUUGUAUGAGGUUCAACAAGGCUCAGUGCCGGGUCCUGCACUUGGGUCACAAAAACCCCAUGCAACGCUACAGGCUUGGGGAAGAGUGGCUGGAAAGCUGACUGGUGAAAAGGACCUGGGUGUGUUGGUCAACAGCUGGUUGAAUAUGAGCCAACAGUGUGCCCAGGUGGACAACAGCACCCUGGCUUGUAUCAGAAAUAGUGUGGCCAGCAGGACUAGGGAAGUGAUUGUCCCCUUGUACUCGGCACUGGUGAGGUCGCACCUCGAGGACUGUAUUCAGUGUUGGGUCCCUCACUAGAAGACAGACAUUGAGGCGCUGGGGUGUGUCCAAAGAAGGGCAACAAAGCUGGUGAAGGGCUGAGAGGACAAGUCCUAUGAGGGAACGGGGGUUGUUUAGCCUGGAGAAAAGGAGGCUGAGGGGAGACCUUCUUGCUCUCUACAACUACCUAAAAGGAGGUUGUAGCCAGCUGGGUAUUGAUCUCUUUUCCCAAUUAACAAGUGAUAGGACAAGAGGAAAUGGCCUCAGGUUGUGCCAGGGGAGGUUUAGAUUGGAUAAUGGGAAAAAUGUCUUCAUUGAAAGGUUUGUCAAGCAUUGGAACAGGCUGCCCAGGGAAGUGGUUGAGUCACCAUCCCUGGAGGAAUUUAAAAGAUGUGUAGGUGUGGUGCUUAGGGACAUGGUUUACUGGUGGGCUUAGCAGUGCUAGGUUAAUGGCUGGAUUCAAUGAUCUUGAAGGUCCUUUCCAACCUAAAUGAUACUAUGAUUCUAUGAUUUUAUAAUAUCAGAAGCACUGCAACUAUUUAUUAGUGUUUGCUGAAAUCUGCUCCUUCCUGCUCGUUGCAUCUUUCUUGCACGUGAUGCAAAGCAGUUCUAAGUGACAUACACUUCAGAACUGUAAACUUUGACAUUUUAGAGAUGUUCUAUAGAAUCUUUUCAGAGGAAUCGUUCAUUGAUGUGCCAAUUUUUAGAAUAAAUUAAACUAUUUCUACAGAAUUUGAUUAUUUGUCUUCAGAGACUACUGCUUUGAAGAGUAUUCUUCAGCAAGAGGAGGUAGGUUAAUCUUUGUGCAGGGAUGCCAAGGAGAAUGUGGAGGGAGAUCUGAUUUGAAAAGAUAAAGUUCUAGUUCUGGGUGCGUAUCUAAAUUUAGGAAAACUGUCACCAGUGCUAUGCUUAGAAAAAAAGAAAAAGAAAAAAAGUACCUAAGAAAUUUCUUGUGCCUGUUUUGUCACAUUUCCAUGGUAGUGACCAAAACCACUGAACUCCUCAGUUUGGAAUCCAACUUUAUAGUAAAUGUGCUGUACCUCGAAAGCUAAAAUGCUUAUUUUCCUCAACAGAGAAGAAUUUUAAAUAAAUAAAUAAACUCUUUGGACAAAAUAGCAAUCAUAUUCCUCACAUUUUACAGUGAAACUCUGUACAGUUAUAAAUACUUGGAGUAUUCACUUGCAGGGUGUCUCAGUUUUUUGUAACUUGGUAUCAUGGAUGUAUGGACAAACGUCAAGCUGCCAGCUAACUAGUUAAUGAUCAACUAGUUAUUCAGCAACACCAGCAAAAAUUAUAUGUCCACAUACAAGUUUUAAAAUUUCUGGAUGUUUUUUUGAAAAGCUGUAAUUGUGUAUAGUAGAUCACAAGAACCAUACAGAAUUGGAUUGUGGUAUGGGACUACAUUGCACAGCUGUGAAAUAUUGGCUGAUAACUGGCUGUGCUUAGCCUAAAUAAAUGUGAAAAUAUGCUUAGACUAAUUCUUUAACAAGAUUACAAUUUGAAGGAAAAUAUAUGGUUUUGUAUUUAUUUUGGACUUAAAGAUGACAAUAUUAAAAAAAGGUCGUUUUUCUUGACUGAACACCUUAAGAGAAAUACACAUCACACUAAAAAUGUAUAUUGUUGUGAGACAGAACAUCAGUUACGAUGAAAGCUAUCCUGUUCUAACCACUAUGAAAGCAAACCUUUGUGUUUAAAGAUCUCACAGGCUUCUGAAGGAUGGGUGCUCAAAAGAACUCCAAUACUGAAAAAUACAUGCAAGUGUUCCAAGAACUAAUUUUUUUAUAAUACAAAAAAGGUAACCAGUUGCACUGGGCUCACCCUGAAUUAUGUAGGAGACUUUAACACAGUCUGUCCAGGAUGCCUUAAAUAAACAGUUACUUCCUAGCUUUCAUGAUGAUAGUUCUGUAUCUCUGCUAAACUUCUCUGUGUGAGAUUGGUAAGAAUUCCUUAUAACUGUUCUGUUUUGGUAAAGCAUAUCAGAUUCAGCAGAACUGCGUAUCUGAACUAGUUGGAUGUACCUAAUUUUGUCAUUAGCCUGGUAAAAUUAGAAGUAGUUCUCUUGUGCUAAUAUAAACUAAGGCUUGAAGGAGGUGUUUUAUCAGGUCAAUUCUCGGGCUAGAAGAGCCUAUUCCUGAUUAAUCCAAUUGACGUUCUGGGUCUUCAUUUCUGUUAAGCAUGCCCAAUUUCUGUAAAAAGAAAUUCCUUAAAAGAUGAUUCAUGAACAGAACCAAAGUUGCUUUAGAUGAUAAAUACUGUACUUGCUCCACUUCAUUUUACUGGUGUAUUGGGUUUGUGUGGCAAGGUUUUGUUAGUGGGGGGGAAGGGGAGGGAGCUACAGGGGUGGCUUCUGCAAGAAGCUGCUAGAAGCUUCCCCUGUGUCUGAUAGAGCCAAUGCCACCCGGCUCUAAGAUGGACCUGCCACUGGCCAAGGCCGAGCCCAUCAGUGUCUCUGUGAUGACAUAUUUAAGAAUGGAAAAAACAACUUAGGGAGAGCUUUUGCAGCCAGAGAGAGGCGUGAGAAGAUGUAAGAAACUCUGCAGACACCAAGGUCGGUGCAGAAGGAGGGGGAUGAGGUGCUCCAGGCACCGGAGCAGAGAUCCCCCUGCAGCCCGUGGUGAAGACCAUGGUGAGGCAGGCUGUCCCCCUGCAGCCCAUGGAGGAAGGAUGAGGGCGUGUAGAGAUUCCACCUAUAGCCCGUGGAGGACCCCACGCCAGAGCAGGUGGAGACACCUGAAGGAGGCUGUGACCCUGUGGGAAGCCCACGCUGGAGCAAGCUCCUGGCAGGACCUCUGGACCGUGGAGAGAGGAGCCCAUGCUGGAGCGGGUUUGCUGGCAGGACUUGUGACCCCGUGGGGGACCCGUGCUGGAGCAGUUUGCUCCUGAAAGUCUGCACCCUGUGGGAGAGACCCACGCUGGAGCAGUUCAUGAAGGACUGUAGCCUGUGGGAAGGACUCACGGAGGAGUUUGUGGAGGACUGUCUCCCGUGAGAGGGACCCCAUGCUGGAGCAGCGGAAGAGUGUGGGGAGUCCUCCCCCUGAGGAUGAAGGAGCGGCAGAAACAACGUGUGAUGAACUGACCGUAACCCCCAUUCCCCGUCCCCCUGUGCUGCUGUGGGGGGAGUAGGUUGAAACCGGGAGUGAAGUUAAGCCCGGGAAGAUGGGGGUGGGGGGGGAGGUGUUUUAAGAUUUGAUUUUAUUUCUCAUUACUCUGUUUUGCUUGGUA